CGUCGACUGCUGCAACAACAAGAUCUGUCGGUCCUCCGUCAUCAUGUUCUACCGCGGUCUACACUUUAUCUGCAGUUGUACCAACAAAUGUUGCUUCUACCGUUGCUUGUAAUACAAUUAAGAUCUGCUAUUCCUUCGUCAUCAUCACGUUUUACUGCUGCUAUUUCUGCAGGGUCAUCAGACGUCUCUCGCAAUAAUUGUUCAGUUAUUGGGUCGAAACAGGCAAAUUUGCCUCUGUCCACCAUUACUUCACCUGUCGCUACAAGACCUUUGUCAUAUCUUACUGAUUGUAGGACUUUUGCAGAACCAUUAGUUGCUUCUUGCAACAUUGUAUCCAAAAAAUUGGCCACUUCUACCAUUCCUGCAAGACCACAUGACUUUUUUCCGGCAUAUUCUACCACUGCUGCAGUUUCUUCUAGAGACGACGAAGAGGAACGCGGGCAGGCGCAUACCGUCAACAAGAGCGCUUCAUGCGCUUCCUUUAUAGAUUAUCUUCGGCCCAUUACAGUUGGGGACAUAGAAGACGUCCCAACACAAAUGAGGAUCCCCCAGUAUUUUGCUGCGCGAACAUCAGCGGUGCCGCGAGCAGCAGUGCCGCGAGCAACGACCUUGAACGCAAAGCCAUCGAACGCCGCGUCGCGAAACGACGCUGUAUUCGAAGAGGCAUCUAUGUGUCUCCCUUUAAACGCAACAUUCGAGGAGGCGUCAUACCUUCCCGCAAUUUCGAACGCCCCUGCACCUUGA